AUUGUUGUUGUUGUUGUUAUUAUUGGUUGUUUUCAUCAACAUCAACAUCAAGAGUGCCGGUUUCCCGGCUCAAUUUGACUUUAGAUCAUUCUUCACUCGUCUUCUGUGGUUUAAGUCCAACCUUAAGCAGCCCUGCAGGGAAAACGAUAGAGUUUCUUCAUUUUCCUCCGAAAAUAUGACGUCAGUAACGACAAAUCCCUCUACUCUUCUGCCAUUGGAGUUGGUGGAUAAGUGUAUUGGAUCUCGCAUUCACAUCAUUAUGAAGAAUGAUAAAGAAAUCGUGGGAACACUUCUGGGAUUCGACGACUUUGUUAAUAUGCUUUUAGAGGACGUAACAGAGUAUGAAGCAACCCCGGAGGGAAGAAGAAUAACAAAGUUAGAUAACAUCCUUCUAAAUGGCAACAAUAUUACCAUGCUUGUGCCAGGUGGAGAAAUGCCAGAUUCAUAACUUUUUUUCUUCAACUGAGAUAUCUGGUCAAUUUUUUUUCCUGUACAGUAAUUCAAGAUAAGGUUUUGUUCACUUUUGGGAAGUUGUCCUGCUGGCAAUUCAAUUUGAUCCUUAGUUUCAAUAAACUUUUUCUGGUCAAAGUU